ACGCCAGCCUUCUGGAUUACUCUUAAAUAUAAAGGUCCAUUAGUAGAAGUUUGGUUCACAGCUACUAUAACGCUACAUUACAUAAAUACUUACAGAAGUGGUCGCCCCUAACCCGUACAAUAUAUAUUUGGCUGUACACCAGUUAGUGUAGAAAUCUGUUAUGUGUUGAAAACUGAGUCUCUAUACAAUCGAGCAACUAUAUUUCUGCUUCUAGACAGUCUAACAUCAAUGAAGUAAAUAUAAAGUUCCUGUAUUCCUAAACUGCUGUACAUAUACAAAUAUGCCGCAUAUGCAGUUUACAGAGCACAAGUAUGAAAAAUGAAAGUGCGUUUCCCCUUUAACGAACUUGCAGUGCCACUUCCAGAGUUACUGCUUUGUCUGUGCAGGGGGUUGCACAUAACGGGGAAUGCCAGAAACAUCUGUUUGCCAAAAUGCACUGGAAUUUCUUGACUUUGAAAAACGAAUCUCGGCAUCGGAUCGAAGUUACCUGACGGCCCUGGUUUGCUAUUUGCAAAUCCAUUCAAGAGUAGGGUCUCCACUGCGACUGCCACCUGGGAAGGAGAAAGCGAUUGGAUGCAGUAGUCAUGUGGUGGGUCACGUGCCUUCUGCAGCUAUGUCUACGAGAAAAUGGGGUUUGGUGUAAAUCUGGGGGGUAAUGUUAUCAUAUAUCAAGCUACCUCGUAAAACCGACAGUGUAGCACACCGGUCAACAAAUCACCGGUUAAAAUUAUGAGUUCUUCGUAUUACAUGAAUUCUUUUUUCAGUAAAUAUACGACUGGGGCGUCUCUUUUCCAAAAUGCAGAACCGACUUCUUGUUCUUUUGCAACCAGCUCUCAUAGAGCUGCCUAUGGACCCGGGGGUGCUCUGCCGUCGUCCAUGCAUAGUCUGUACAACGUAAACAGUACAGUUUACCAGAACCCGUCUUUGUUCUCCUCUGGGUAUAGUCUUGGUUCGGAUACUUUUAACUUCCACUGUUCUACCUUCGAUCAGAACAUUCCAGUCCUCUGCAAUGAUUUUUCCAAAGCAAACUGCGAAAAAUUGGAUGACUCAAAUCUGCACACCCAGGCUGAGGGCAAUUUCCGGAUUUACCCCUGGAUGAGGUGUUCAGGACCAGACAGAAAACGAGGUCGGCAGACCUACACUCGAUAUCAAACCCUCGAACUUGAGAAAGAAUUUCAUUUCAACCGUUACCUUACUCGCAGGCGGCGAAUUGAAAUAGCUCACACCUUGUGUCUUACAGAAAGGCAGAUCAAAAUUUGGUUCCAGAACCGAAGAAUGAAAUGGAAAAAGGAACACAAAGAAGAAUCCCUUACGACCGCGGCCUCUACCACCGCCCCAGCUGCUGCAACAGCAGAGGAAGGAGAAGAGGAGCAGCUAGAAUCAUAAGCUAAUUAAACAGGACUGUGCAAAUAGAAACCACAUGAAUUAAAGCAUGGACAUUCCAGCCUGACAAAUAAAUACUAGAUGUAGCAGUAGUAAUAUGUUAGUAAUAACGUGACUAAAUAACUUUCAGUGAAUCACUUGGUGUUUGUAGCACCUUGCAAGUAUUCAUUUCCUUAGCGUUACAAUCUCACAGUUCUCUUUUUGAUUUGCACAAUGAUGUUUUUGUUGUAAGAAUAAGCUAUGAAGCACUGGAAUCCGGUUCACAGUCUACUUUUAAGAAAAUAAUUUUUCAAUAACAGCAUUUUACACGCACAGUCAGUAUUCGAUUGUCAUCUGAAAAAUUUCCGCGAUUGUUGACAUUAACUUCUUUUUCGUUAAAGUUUGGUUGAGAAGUGUUAAGUUUGCUUAAUUCUUUUCUUCACACACACACAUGUACACAUACAUACACACACACACCCACAUUUUGACGCCAAGCUACGUGAAGGCAGUAUGCUGAAGGUGUUUCUGCGUGUUUAUUAAAAGGUCAAACACAAGUUGUUGUCUUGUUUACUCACAUGUAAAAAAAAUAAUUACCAUAAACAAUUACAAUAUCAACAGAUUCUAAACAAUAUAAUAAACAGCCCUAUAAAUUAUGUACAUUUACAUUUGAAAUCUGCAGUGUGUCCUACACUGCUUCUCAAACUACCUGGCUGAAAUAGUACACAACUGAAUUUUUGAAGGACAAGUAAAACAGAAAACACAUAAACAAGAAAAAACUACCUAUUAAAUGAAAAUCAUUCUGUCUGUAAAGCCGUUUUGAUUGUUGAUUUGUAUUUAAUGAAUAUGUAUGUAACAUGCAAGUUCAACCAAAAUCUGCAUGCACGUAUUUGUAAACUGUUCAGAUAAAACAACAGUAUAAAAUAUACUUUGAACAUAUGUAUUCAGUUUGUUAUAUUUUUCAUGGCUAAAUGUGCUUGUUUGAUAAAUGCUUUGAAAGUGUUUACUUUAAAGUUGAGAGAUAAUUUAUUCAUAAAUAAUUACAUCGUAAAGAGCAGAAUUUUAAAAAGCUAAGUAAACCAUAUAGUUAUUUUUCGACUCUAUGUUCUAACUUGACUUGCAAUUUUAUAAGUGUACUUACAAUUUUGUAAUGGAGUCACAAAAAUGCCAUAGCCCAAAACUGAAUUGCUAAUUGUUAUAGUUUUUUUUUUCCUUGUACACACUCUUCUUGUUGGCAGCUUUUCCUCAUACACACUGUACUUGUUGAUGUUGUACAGAAUGGGUGGAUGUACAUAAUCCAUUGGAUACGGGAUACUGUAAUUAGUUAUUAUAUUCAGGGUAAACUGUAAUUAGUUGGUUUAAGCCUUUUAAACAUAAUGCAUCUGGAAAUGUAUUUGGGAAUUUUGGAAUCCGUACUUUCUGCUUUACUUCUUUUAAGAAAUGCUUUUUACCUAGUGGGGACUUCGAAGACUGCUAGGUGAUAAACAACAUUCCCCCAGUUGCAUGUUUAAAAGAUAUGUCAGUCUAUUUAUUAUUAAGCAUAUCAAUGUAUAGUGCAUAUUAUUGUUAUUAUUGUUUUUUUUUUUUUUGAAACUGUGCCAAAAACGUCUUUGAAAACUAUACAGGAUCCUUAUGAUGUGCAUGAUAUAUUUCUAAAUGUUGUUUCCUAAUAAAUACAUUCGAUUGUAGUGAUA